UUCAAACGGUAACCCGGCGGUUUGAACAGGGGUUUACUCGGUUUCGAUUGAACCGGGGCCGCCGCCGUGCUCCUCUUUUUUCAUAUUUCUUCUCCCAUUUCAUUUUCAUCUUACUCGUUUCCUCUCUUUUCUUAUCGUCCUCUGUUCUUCCUUCUUCGUCACUCACGAUUCACCAUUACCGCCGUCCAGCCACAGAGCCGCCGUCUGUUGAGGUUUCAGAAAAGAAAAAAGGAAAAACAAAACUGGAAGUCCGUGCCGGCUGCCGUCGCUGACGUAUUCAACGCCCAGCUUGAGACUAUCUACUCUACAGCGUCUGCACAGUAGCAAUUCAGUCCCAGACCGAAAAAGAAACUUCAUUUUCGUGUAUGGAGGAAUCUACUUCCUACCCAUCCAUCGACCCUUCAAAUUUUGAUCUAAUCGUCGUCGGUACUGGCCUCCCGGAGUCCAUCGUUGCCGGCGCCGCCUCCGCCGCUGGAAAAACCGUCCUCCACCUCGAUCCCAACCCCUUCUAUGGCACUCACUACAGUUCCUUCCCCCUCAACGACCUAGUCUCCUUCCUCCAAUCCGGCUCCCAAAUUGUGCCCCAAUCUCCACCAUUUCAAACGUCGGAUGAGUACGAUUCAAAUCCUCUCCUUGUUCGAUCUAUGUACUCGGAUCUUGAAAUCAGUUCCUACUCUUCCGAACCCACUGACUGUUCCAGAAAAUUCAAUGUCGACUUGGCAGGUCCUCGCGUCUUCCUGUGCUCCGAUUCGAUGAUUGCUUUGAUCCUCAAGACUGGUAUUAAUCAAUACAUGGAGUUCAAAAGCGUCGAUGGGAACUUCGUGAGCGAUGCUGAAGGCAAAUUGGAGACUGUUCCAGAUAGCCGGAGUGCCAUCUUCAAGAGCCGCAAUUUGUCCUUGCCUGAGAAGAAUCAGUUAAUGAAAUUCUUCAAGCUCGUGCAAAGUCAUUUAGGAAACGAAAGUGAGGACAGCAAAAUUUCUGAACAGGAUUUGGAGAGUCCAUUUGUAGACUUCUUGACUAAAAUGGGGUUGUCCCAGAAGCUGAAAACGAUAAUUUUGUACGCAAUUGUAAUGGCCAAUUAUGAUCAAGAACACUUCGAAGUUUGUAAAGAUGUUAUCAAUACUCGAACUGGGAUAAAUUGUUUGGCACUUUACCACUCGUCCAUUGGCAGGUUUUCUAAUGCAAAUGGUGCUGUGAUAUAUCCCAUUUAUGGCCAAGGGGAACUUCCUCAAUCUUUCUGCCGCCGUGCUGCUGUUAAAGGAUGCAUUCAUGUUUUGCGCAUGCCUGUUGUGGCUGUACUUACGAAUAAGGAUGAUGGUUCAUAUAAGGGCGUUAAAUUAGUUUCUGGACAGGAAUUAUACAGCUCUCAACUCAUUCUUGCCCCCUCUUUCAAGAUUGAGUUUUCAAAUUCUUAUGCAUCUGUGGCAAACUUUCGUGAUUGCAAAAAGAAGGUUGCUCGGGGGAUUUGCAUUGCAAAGAAUUCUAUAAAACAGGAAGCUGCCAAUUGUCUCGUGUUUUUUCCACCCAAAUCAUUGUAUGAGGAACAAAAGACGUGUGUCCAUGUACUCCAAUUAAGUAGCAACGUGGCUGCUUGCCCCGUCGGGAUGUUUGUGACUUAUCUAUCCGUUAUUUGUGAUGAUCCUGUCGAGGGGAAGAAAUCACUUACCACAGCCAUAAAUGCGUUGUUCUCUGGGCCUAUUUCCUCUUCUGAAAGGAAUAGCCCUGAUGAUUCAAGCAAUCAAGCAGAAGACAAGCCGAGUUUGCUCUGGAGUGCUUUGUAUAUUCAAGAAUUAAAUUCGUUUUCGGAUCCUUUGGAUUCCAUCAGCUACACUACAAUGCCGGAUGAGCAUCUAAAUUAUGAUACUCUCCUUGUCGCAACAGAAAUGUUAUUCCGAAAGAUUUAUCCCAAUGAAGACUUCUUCGCAAUGACAACCAACUCAUCCGAGGAGCAUCAAGAUGAUGAUUGUCCGGAGCCAAAUUCAUAGAAAAAGGUCGCUCUUGUGUUCUCAAAUGGUAUAAAUGAAAUUUCCUACCAAAUCUUUGGAUUGCUAACAACAUUUCUUAGUGAAGAUGAAUUUGAAUUAGCAGAGAUUCCAUGGUUUGUUUUCUCAGUUCUAAUCAAUUAUUAUUACAGCACAUUUUUCUGGAAUCGAGGGUGUGUUUCUUUGGGCUUGGAUUGGAAAGAUUUGGUGUCGAUGUUAUAUUAAAGUAAUAUUUGAUGA